AUGGGUAAAAUUAGGAAAUCUAAACCUCCUAGAGCGAAAAGAAGUUUGGCGGCGGAUAAUAGUGAUGAGGAAGAGCAACUGCCUGUUGACAACAAAGAAAAUGCCAUUCAAACUAUACUAGAUCAGUUACAGGGUGCUGAUAUUGAAGAAAAAUACUGUGGUCUACAAACUUUUGCUAUGCUAAUAGAGAACCCAGAAAACAUACCACAGAUUAUAAAUCGAGGAUUAGUUAAAGUCGCAGCUCCAUUGUUGCUCGAUCCAGCCAGUUCUGUGAGGAAUGCAGCAGCUGGUGCAUUACGAAAUUUGUCUACAAUUGCCAUGGAAACCUGUGAUGCUAUGAUGGAGCAAGACGUUAUGACUCCAGUGACAUGCUAUUUCCAUGAGCAUGCUGAAAGUUGGGUGCCUGAUCCAAAUUCUAAAACAAAAGAUGAAGAUAGUGAUACAUUUAUCCAGUGUGUCAAUUUACUGUUGAAUUUGUGCGAAAGUUCUGAUCUUGCAGUAAAAUACCUGGGCCAGUCUAGAAUAUUAGACAUCCUCCCUCGUUACUUAGACCUUGGCACCUUCUCCAGUGAAAUAGUAACAGCAGUUUUACAAUGUCUGUUUGUUGUUGUGGAAGACAAUCCGGCUGCAAUGAAUAAAAUAAAGUCGAAUGCUGAAAAGCAACUGGAAACAUUGUUGGGACUAGAGGGCACUGAUCCUUCAGUACUACUAGUAAAAACGCUCGCAGCAGGAGUGAUUAUCAACACAUGUGGUGGCAAUAUAACUACAUUGCCAGUUGAUGUAAUUCGGAGAAUAAUGACUAUUCUAGCUAAUACUCUGUCUGUAGACCACAGGCUCAUCUGUAGUCAGCUUUCUAGUAAUGUGCCUUUGAGUGACGGUCCUGGGAAAGUUGAAGCACCAAAAGGAAAAGCAGCACAACAGUUAGAUAGUCAGAUACAAUCUGUGACACAAAUGUUAACAGCCCAACAAAGUUCCAUAGAAAUUAUUGCCAAUAUUUGUUCAUGUGAAGAUGGUGAUGAUCAAGGCAAUGAUUCCUCUGAAAGCGAUGAAGCUGAUGAGGAACUUUGUGAGAAUGGUGAUGAAGGUGUUCUUGCAGAAGAUAAACUACCACCUGAAAUGAUGGAAGCUUUUAUUUCAUUGGAAGUAUUUGAUAAAGUUUGGGCUAGAACACAAUUGCCUGCACAGAAUGUUAUGUUAAUAUUGAAGGAGUAUGAUGGAUCACAAUUGAUUUACAAGAGAUUACUAAGCUUACAAACUCGAGCACUUCUGUGUAUAAAUAAUCUGUUAUCCACACUUCCUAUUGAAAACCUUGGCGGUGUGAAUGGUGUCUAUAAAAUUUGGGUGGAUACAGGAAAAUUAGCAUUCAAGCAGGACCCGGAAAAUGAAAAUCUAGCAGAAUCAGCUACAGCAGUCAUGAGAGCAGCUUUAGAUAAGAUCAAGUUUAGAGAUAGUGGGAACAGUAAUGACUGUAACUUGUUCAGUGAUCUGGCUUUAUCAGAUAUUGAGCUUAUGCUUACAGGUAUUAAGGAAUGUCAAGUGCCAGAGAUAAGGUCGAACCUAAUCCGCAUGGUUGGGAUCCUGGCUUUACUGUUAGUCAAUAACCUGAAUGACGUCACUAGCAACGUUAUAUGCACCAUAACAGAGUUUAUAUUAGAACAAGCACAUAAGGAGAAUGAAGUCUGGGUUCUGGCUGAAGCAAUAGACACUCUUGUUGAUGUGUACUCUGAAGAUGAAACUGAUGUUUUAGCAGCUAAAGUUAAAUUGACUGAUAAAUUGGCCAUUCUAGCACCAAUACUCAAAAAUAAGGCAAGGCAACAGAAAAGGCUUCCAAAAGAAUACAAGGUCCUCGUCAGCACUGCAACAUCAAACUUACCCAGAUUCAUCAAGUAUAAGAAAGAUAGAAUAAGUAGAUUAUAA